GAGCGCGAGGAAGCUCAAGAGCAGCGAGCGGACGGUUGGUGUCCACGCAGAAGUGCCAUCGAGGACGGCGAUGUGCCAGAGGAUGCUGACAAGCCCAAGGCGCAGAACGCUUGUGCUUGGUGCGCCCGGCGGCAGGAUGUGGCCACGGAGGGAGCUGAAGACUUGCCAGCACGUGCUUGGUGCCCACGCCGAAGCCAAGUGGUCGAGGAGUCAGGCGGAGAGCCUUCUUCGGAUGGGCCCGCAGUGGAUACCUCGGUCCGGGCCUUUGGCUGGUGUCGCAGACGAAAGAGCUCUCAGGACGCCGAGGGCACUACAGAGCCUACUUCCGACAACGACGAGGCAUCUUUCUUUGUCCGAUGCCGGCGGCGUCGGGAUUCUGCGGAGGAGCUUGAUGUACCCUCUGAGGGGGGCGCCCGUUGCUGCUCCAGACGAAAGCCUGCUGAGGAGGAG